AGUGCUCUGUGGCACUGUGCACUCUACGGUUAUGUUUGGCCACUGGAGUAUUUGAUUGUACCCAACACUUUUCACGCGCUAACGUACUCUUUCUUUUUGGAUUAAAUACGCGCUAAUGUACUUAGAAAUGUCUUUGUACAAGAGAUGGUCCCCUCAGGCCCAACACUAAACCUCUAAAUCCUAUUAUUAAUCCUUCGCAGAUGCGCAUCAAACCGAAGCAUAAAACCCAAUUCCAUUGAUUUUCCUAGCAAAAAUUAGGGCUUUUGUGGCAUCCUUUGCGUGCGGGGUUGCACACCACGUGUUCGACGAAAUUCCUCAGUGAAAAAGUUGGUUUUUUGCUCUGGAUUUUGGUCUCCAUGGCCUUGUUUUCGUCUUCGUCGCUUGGUGGGUCACUUGGGUUUAUUUCGGUCGAGUAUAAGAGACUAACAAUUCCGCUCUUUAAUAGGAUUUGUGUACUCUCGCCCCACCAACGUAAGGCUUCUUGGUUGUUUACGAAAAUUGAGGCAAAAAAUAAUACUCAAACAGAGAGUGCAAAGGUCAGAGACCGUAGGAUGCGAAGGAAGUUUAACGGCACGCCUACAAAGCCAAGGCUCUCUGUCUUCUGUUCGAACAAGCAACUUUACGCCAUGCUUGUUGAUGAUCAAAAUAAGAAGACUCUCUUCUAUGCCAGCACCUCGCAGAAAUCCAUUUGUGGCGAACCCCCUUGUAGUAAAAUGGAAGCUGCUCAAAGGGUAGGUGAGGAGCUAAUCAAGGCAUGCAAGGACUUGAACAUUUUUGAGAUAUCAUCUUAUGACCGUAAUGGAUUUGCUCGGGGGGAGAGAAUGAUCGCAUUCGAGAUUCCAAUCUCACAAUAUGGUUUCUUGUCCCGUUAGCUGUGUAUUGUAUGCGGUCUGAAAAAGAAAAAAAGAAGAUACAAAAGAAAAGGAAAUAGUGAGUUUAGAAGCCUACCUGUUGAACGAAGUAGAAGAAAUCAAAAUCUUGAGCACUGGAUAGAACUGCAAAAACAGGAAGAGCUAACAGAACAAGCGGAAUUGAGGAUUGAAUCAUCAUGAUUAUGUAUCGAAGGAAAGAUGUAGGAAUGCCCUCAAAUUGAUGGAUGGUUGUUUAUAAGCUAAAGUUAGCAACGUAUAUGGUUGGCAUAUUCCAUGCUUACAGAUUAGAAAACGAUAAGAAGAACAAGUAAGAGAAGCGUGCUCAUUGGUUGUAUGUAAGAACUCUAUAUUAGUGCUGUCAUAAUUUACAAGCUAAGAUUUUUAUCCGAUUGUCGUAUUAGAAGCUGAACAAGUAAAUGAAUUAAUGAAUCAUAGUUAAAUGGUUGGAAUACAUCACUGAUGAGAGCACAUGUAUUCACAUUUCCGAUCUCUCGUUUUAUAUAUUUUAUGUAGUUGGUCUUAUUUAUCA